AUGCUCUCCAUCCUUGUCCCUCCAGCCGCAGGCGGCUUCCCCCCUGCCCUUGCGCUGCGCCAGGACUCCUCCGGCUCCUCGGGCUCUUAUCACACGGCGCCGGGCUCCCCGGAACCCCAGGGUCCGCGCCCCGUCCUGGACGGGGCGGACGACGACGACGGGGGCAAUGGAGUUCCUGGGCUGGGGCAACCGGCAAAGUUUGCGGGCCUGCACGCCAGGGUCUCUGGCCGGGGGGCGGGCCCAGCUGGGAGCGGGGGCUCGCAGCUUCGCCUGUCCAUCAGCGCCCAGAAUAGCCGCCAGGAGCCUGGAUCCGGUUUCUCCAAGAGGCCGGGACCGCGCCCCAGCCCGAGCCCUUUCCAGCUCCGCACCCUGCCGUCGGGGGAGAUGGAAGUGAUCUUCACCACCGGGCCCCUCGGCGGGACUCCCGUUCAGGUCCCCAGUGACUCGGACGAGGCAGACAGCGAAGUGCAGCAGCUCACCGGCCUCAGCUUUCACAGUCUCACCACGCGCCCUCAAGGUCCCUACCUCGACGUGCAUAGCCCCAGCGCGCGGGCCUCCUCCAGCCCAUCCCCAGCUCCCUCUGACGGCAGCAACCAAGCUGACCGCUGGGCAACUUACCUGGACCUGCAUCAGGAGGCUGAACCUUCGGUCCCGGGGCUGCCAGAACUCCCUGCCCCGUCCGGGAGGACCCAGUUCGAGUGCGUGGAGGUGGCACUUGAAGACCAGGCGUCCCUAACUAAGCAGAGAACUGUCCCCAAGAGACAGAUAGAGCUGAGACGGAAGCCGAGCCCCCCAGAGCUGGACGCAGCUAGGGCCAAUGCGCUCCCCAGGCGCAAGUUGUUCCUGCGAACAGGCUCGCUGGAUGAGUCUCUGACCCGCUUGCAGGCCGCCUCCAACCUCGUGCAGACCGCACUGGCCAGGAAGCUGCAGGCCGAGCAGACACUGUGCCCGGGGCAGCCAACCCCAAGGGGCGGAGCUCAGCGCAUCCAGACCCCGCCAGGCCCGUGGCUCAGUGCAGACUGCAAUACCCAGAAGCCGGCAGAUUGGCCCCUGGCUUGGCCCGAGGCCCGGGAGAGUGAAGCCCCAACCAGACGUUCGGUACGAAGCCCUCGAAGAGACUCAAGGGAUCUCAGGAACAGAGGGACCUCUCAGACCGGGCUUCCCCCAAGAGAGCCGGCGAAGGAAGCACCACUGCCACCUGUCAAGCCUGUCGGAUUGCGGGCCCCAGAGGGGGUAGUUUCUAUCAGAGUCCCGAGGCCUUGGCCUAGCCUUCGAGAGCGAGCUAUUCGUCGGGACAAACCAGCCCCAGGAACGGAACCACUCGGUCCCGUGAGUUCCAGCAUCUUUUUGCUGUCAGGGGAAAAGUCGCAGGAGGCUCCUGAGUCUCGGCCCCGCAGUGAAUUGGGCCAGCGGCAGAAAUCCCUGUCUCCGAAGAGGACAUUGGAGGAUCGGGUGACCCAAGAGACUCCCAGUCCGUCUCCCCAAGAGACUCCCAAUCCUUCUCCCCAGGAGACUCCCAGUCCGUCUCCCCAGGAGACUUGGGAUCCCACUGUACAGGCAUCGCUGAUUCCGUCUAUGCAGGAGGCUCCGAAAGAAGCGUUCCUGGAGACUCCAUCUACGCAGUCAAAUCGAGAUUUAACUGUGCAGGGAUCGCAGACUUCACCUACACUGGAGACUGCAGUCCCAGAUACUUGGGAGCCCAGAGACGCCCCCGCUCCCGCAGGCAGAUCUCGAGUGACAAUUCCGCGACCUCGGGACGUCCGGAAGCUAGUGAAGAACACCUACUCCCUGAGCUUCCCAGCUGCCCCCAGCACCAGCCUGGUACUGCCUGAACCCCCUUGCGCUCCCGGGGGCCCCAGCGAGGAGAGCGAGGCUCCGCCCGGAGCUCCAGAGCCCCCUGUCCCAGUUCACUACACCUCGACUUUCCAGAAAGACUUCCUGCCCAUAGUGCCCCAUCCCUACGAAGUCCCGGAGCAGCCAGUCACUGGGGGAGUGGGUGCAAGCGACUCCGAUGCGUUUAGCCACAGCGAGGCCCCUCAGGGCCACCAACUUCCCCAACCUCAACCCCAGCCAAAGAGCUACGCAGAAGGAGACUCGACUCCACGGAGGAAAGCAGAGAACUGUACAGCCAAACCCUUUGCACGCAGUGAGAUCCGCCUCCCCAGAGCCCUCUCUUUGACCAGGAAGCUGGAAGGGGCCCCCAGGGUCAGAGCUCAGCCUGAGACCAGCACAGAGAUCAGCCCCGCUUCUCUAGGGUACAGUCCUCAAGCCGAGGUCCAGCGCCUCCUCCCCGAAGGAGAGGUCCAGGCCAGUUCCCCAGGAGUUAUUCUGGGGCCACCCAUCCCCAAGGAACCAAGAGAGCGGCCAGAGGUGGAGACACAUCAUCCACCUCAAUGGCGAGGGGCUGGGCAGGCAUCUAACUCCUUGACAGGGUCCCCACAUCCAAAUCUCAGGGGCUCCCUCAACCAGGGGUCCCCACACCCUGACGGGGCCAGUUCCCUACAGGCCCAGAACCCAGAGCCGAGAGCCAAACCCCAACCUGGCUUUGCUGGCAUCCAACCCUCAGGGAACCAGAUUACAGCCAAACCUGCUGCCCUGUCCCAGCCCAGGGCAGCUUCAGCACCUCCUUUGGCCCAGGUCCUUGACAGCCCUUCCCAGGGUCAGGGUAGGGGACUUGGGAGCUCUGGAACCACUCCAUCAGGAAAGGUUCUAGUAGAUCCAGAGAGUGGGCGCUACUAUUAUGUGGAGGCUCCCAAAUCUCCUAGGUUGAAGUUGCUCUUUGACCCAGAGAGUGGUCAGUAUCUGGAAGUUCUUGUUCCCCCCUCCGCAGCAGGCGCUCCUGUCCGGUUCUACCCUUCCAUGUCGCUAGGGCACAGUCUCUAUCCUCCCUAUGGGUCCUACCCUGGGCUCUCACUACCUCCUUCCCCUGGACCACCGCCUCUUGGUCCCCCUGACCUGCUGGCCCCAGGAGCCAAACUCCCCUGGGCCCCUGAAGGGGGCACUGUGGAUGGGCUCUAUUACCUGCCUCCAGGCACUUCCCCUAGCUCAUUGCCUGGGCUUCCUCUCCUUCUCUACUCUGGGCCUCCCAAUUCUGGGUCUUCUGCCCCAACAAAGGUUCACCGUUUUGAGUAGGAAGACCCUCAGGCCCUGCCCACACCCCAUUCCUACAGAAGGGGCUGUUGUUCUAGCAGAGCCUGGGCACCCAGCCCUCAGAGCCUUUCCCUGGGCACACACCAGCUCCCCCAUCCCAAUCCUGCCCCCAAAUGACUCAUACUUUCUUUUUAAGUCCAAUUUCCCACAUCCACCACCACCAACUCCCUUGCCUGAGCCUCUCCACUCCCAUCCCACCGGCAUACUAUCGUGGCUCUGUCUCCGUCGUCUCCCCAGGGUGCUCCAGGGGGGUGGAGGGGAGAGCUCAGCAAGGAGUGUUCAUCCUUUCUUGCCAAUCUGUCCUGUUCCUUCCUGUGCAUCCACCCAUGACCCUGGGGGAUCAGUGACACCGAUGUCACCCAACAACAACCUGAGAACGUGGGUGGGAAAAGGUGUGAGGCAGCAAGAGAUAGCUGGGGUACAGAGUGUGACAAGGGAUUAGAGGGUUCUUCCGACCCCCCAACUGAAGAUACAGGUCCUUCUUGGAGUCAGAGAGAAAGGGAAGUAGUGUGUAUGUGGCGGGGUUGGGGGCAAGACAGGUGCCCAUUUUGAAGAGGUCUAGGAAAGAGAUGGGAGACAAUAAGCUCAUAAGAUGGCUCAGCCUGCGUCUGCCAGAAGACCUUGUGGAGUGCUGGCUAGUGCUAGAAAGCUCUGGAUCUUGUGUCCGGGCAGGGGUGGACUUUAAGAGGAGAGGCUAAAGUAUGGGUCAUCUCGGUCGCAGGAGCCUGUUGGUAAAGACUGAGCAGAUCAAUCAGUCAACAUACAUUUAUCAAGCAUCUAUCAUGACACGCAGCAUGCAAACGCCAAGAAUGGAAUAAUAGCUAGGAUUAAGAGAGGUCCUGGGGAUGGAGGAGGGGGUCCGUGAUGUCCAGCAUGAAGCUGGGGCAGGGGUCCGUCGAGAUGAUAGCAGCCCACCCCCUCUCCAAUAUUUACUCUCCUCUAUCCAUGAAAAAAAAACAACACUGACACCCUAUCUUAGACUCUUUUCUCCUUCAGAAAUGGCUGUUUUGUGAGAGUCAAACAGCUUUCACUUAAGGGGGAAUCUCAGUGACCAUUUAGGCUGGCUCUCCUCUUUUUGUGUGAGGAAAUGAAAUCCCAAGGAGGGCAAAUGACUUACCAAAGUCAUUAAGCAAGUUAGGUCAUGCAGAGCCAGGCCUGGAAUUCAGUGAUCUUUGGCCAGGCAUCCAAAAGGACUUUCUAGCAGUAAGAAUUAUUAGACAAAAAGUCUCCCAAGGCUGAACAGCUCAAGCAUUGCAAAAGAUGGACUAAAUGAGAUGGCAUCUUCUCCAGAUCUUUUUCAGAGGGGUCUCUAAUGCUCUGAAAGGAACCUUUAGAGACAGGUUGUUUCUCUGGGUUGAACUAGGUGUUGUGAUUGGGGAGUGGGAGGAAGGAA